AUGGCUAAAGAUGGAGUUUCUAGGAGGAAUUGUCUACUCACUUUCUGCAACGGAUCCCUUUAUCUACGCAGAGGGCAGUCAUCAUGUAUAUCUGUAAUCGACACCGACUCAUUGAGGGAUAUCGGAGAAGUCAUCUUACCCACGGAUUGCGUACAAACAGCAUUAUUUUCGGAUGGGUCAUCAUUUUAUCACGCUUCUGUUACCUCACAAUCGACGCUGCAUUUGAUACCUCUGAAUGACUCGUUCGUACCCAUAGCCGAAGCAAAAUCUCGUCAUUCCGUACGACUCACUGAUGUUUCAUUCUGCUGUGUUGGAGAUACAAAAUCUAUGCCUUAUCAACUUCCACUCACUAUACCGAAGUACUUACACAAUCAAGCUGCUGACCUACACCUCGGAAAAGAUAUCGCUUUUUUACAAUCGCGUGCUGGGAAAAUUUACUAUGCUGGAAAUGGAAUCAGAUAUGGCUUGCAGGAAACCGGUACAACAUGGAUGGAGCUGGUAUUGCCAGAAAGUAUAGUACAAAUGUCAGUAGGGGUCGAGUAUGUUCUAUUUCGCGCGGGUAGUGGUCAUGCAUGGAUCGCCGGGGGUGAUGAUGGACGACGGGCUGGCAAAUUGAGGCGACUGACAACUGUAAAUCGGCGUAAAACUCUAUCAAUCAGCAGUGCAGCUUCAAGCUAUGGUUACGUCACUGAUAAUGGACGGGUGUAUGUAGGGGGACGACAUGGUAUGAGCGUUUACCCAGAAACGGGGCAAGUAUUAGGGUUAGAUGGAACGCAUAUGGCAUCAAUAGCUCUUGGGAAAACUCAUGCAGUAGCGAUUUCUAAACAAGGAUAUGUAUAUACUUGGGGUUUGAACAAUCUUAACCAAUGCGGACGAACUGAGGUGAUUUGA